GUCCCGUGCGGAGAAUAUGGCGGCGCGGGCGCUGGAGUCGGCCGCGCUGCGUUGCUACAGGAGCGCGCCUCGCGAUCUCGCCGCGGCUGCUGCUGCCACCAUAGCUCUCCUCCAUCUCAGAUUAAUAAGGAAGUUAGAUAAUGUUGAUGCGCGGUUUCUACUGCUGUUGUGCGAGCAGCAGGUACCGGUUAGACCUCCAGAAAAUCCUGGUUCAAGCUCCGAGACCCAAGAUAGUUCUUCAAAGAAGAGCAUCAAUGAUUCUAAAAAGCCUCAAAAUAUGUGUGAAGAAAAUGAAUAUUUGGCGCGAACAAGGAGCGAGACGCCAGACGCAACUGAUGGAGGAAUUACGAAAGGAGAGACAGUAGGUUCAUCCAAAAUCUAUUUUCAAAUGAACGAGGAAGCAACAUCCAGAAUAAGAUUGCUUGAAAAUCAUCCAUCGUUUGCGCUCUUACAGCAGAGCCUGAGCAACGAACGUUCGCAAUGGCAGUCUGCCAUGUCUGUUGCCACAGGCGCAAAUGGCAAGACAGAAACUCACACUGAGGAUUCAUCGAAUUGGGAGACCACGCCACGCCCAGAAGCAUGGCGUCUGGGUCACAGUCACGCUAGUAUGCAGCUAGAAGAAAUUCAAGAAGAUGAAUUAUCUGAGCGUAUAGCAACGCUGAUGCCCAUUUGGUACCGCUUUAAUCAAAUGAAAAGAACAAUAAAUAUCAGGACGUCUGAGCUGCCUCGUCCCUGGAGCCAGCUUCAGCCUAUCAAAAAAUUCUUGCUGGUGUUGGCCAUCAACCCAGCACAGUGCUACGACGCUCUGCAAGACUUCGUCCAUCACACGUACCCUACUGCUGCUCGUGACAGUUUCAGUACAAUUUGUUUUGCACAAGAAUACUUCAAACUUCCCAAAGUUCUUCACAGCAAGCAGAAGCUCUCACUUCCCAAGCGCCCUCUCUUGCUCUUGACAGAGUUCAAAAACACUAUCUGCACUCCAGACGUUAUAUGGCAACCAUUUGGACGCGAUAUCACCGUGUUGUCUCUCCCGCUUCUUAAGCAGAACGGCCAGCUUAAAGCAACUCUAACUAGAUGCAUGCAAAGGGGGAAGUUCCUCGCGCUGCAGGAUGUUCAUCGCUGUUCCCUUGAAGAACAGAAAAAGCUGUACCAUCUACUGUACCGCUUCUAUGACACUUUCCGCGCCGGAAGUCACUUCGAGCAGUACGGAGAGUUGACGAACGACGCGCCGUUCAGGUUCAGAGUCGCACUCGUCGCUGACGCUCGUGCAGAGAUCUGUGCGCCUCUGCACGCGUUCUGCUCAGUGCUGUGGCUGCAGGACGCAGCGUCGCUGCGAGAAGCGCUGCCGCCCGCUGUCUCUGCAGCUGCACAUGCCAUCCAGCGCUGGCCACAGUCUGCCUUGGCGGUUGCCGGAGACGAGAUGGUGCUGAACGGAAUGCUGGUGGUGGUGUCGUUGUUUCACGCUGUGCUGUGGCUCUGGAAAAGUUUCGGUCCGUGGGAAGGAAUCAAACCGGAGCUGAGAAUCACAGACAUACAAUUGGUGCUCAAAGUUCUAAAGACGCCGAACUCGAUAAAUCGACUUCUACUUGUGAGUGAGCUACAAGAGAAGUUCUUCGAAGUGUACCUAGCAAAGCUCGCAGAUGAACGCGAUCAACGAUUGCUGCGGAUUUUAUCUACUGAACUCCUGAAGGAAAUAAUGCUUUUAAAACACUCCAAGGAUGGUCAGAUGCAUGAGAAAGAAAACGAUAGCAGACUCGCAUAUUUGCCAGUUGGCUGCAAUUACAAGGAAUUUAUCUCUAAGGUGAUCCACACUUUUAGAACUCUGAGAUGCAAUGUAUUCGAAUCCAUCGACGAGCUAAAAGAAAUACGGUUAGCCGAGUGAAGACAUCGAAUACGCGAACGUAAAAUUAAGCGACUUUGAAUAAUGUGCAGAGCAAUUUGUAUCCAGAAGUCUCGAAGAGCAUAAUACAGAGGCAGUAAAGAUCAGCAUGCUUAGACACCCGAGGUAAUUUUCAUGCUAUGUUAUAGACGCUGAGGUUGCAAUAGUAUUUAAACAGACAUGCAAGACACAGAGUUGACAGUUUUAAUGUCACUAGAACAAGAGCUCUUCAUGGAGCUGUAGCAAUACGUUGUAAACUAACCAAGAAUCUGUAGGCAACCGGAAAGUCUUUGGAACGUGGUACUCACUGUAGGACUACGUUGCCCUGAUGGUCCCUAAAAGAACGAUUGUGUAGCCGUUCUCUAAUCUUGUGGUUUAGCACUAUGCAUUUCCUCAUAGGAUUAAUGAAACAAGCAGAAAUCUUGUAACAAUCAUUUUAUUGUUCUAGCAAAUUAAUCGCUGCGAAUCAUACAAGAAGAGUACUCGCUAAUUCUAACCAAACGGAUCUUUCAGACAAGCAGAACUCCUAUAAUGCUUAAUUUAUGCUUUGACACGCACAAUAAAUGUAGUUCAUUUCC